AUGCAAGCCGCGCAGCCUCACCAUUUCCCCCAAAUAUGCCCCCCACUCUCCGCAGCCAAACUCAUUCCAUUCACUCCGGCCGCCACCUCCAUCUCCAUCUCUCGCCGCCGCCUCACCUCCACCAGCACCUGCAUCUCCGCCGCCGUCACCCCCAUCCUUCACCCCCCUUCCACCGAACCGAUCACCCCUCCCUUACCCACCGACUCCGUCGCCACCUCCUUCUGGGACUACCAAAUGCUCUUCCUCUCCCAGCGCACCGAAACGCCAUACCCCAUCCCCCUCCGCAUCGCCGACGGGGCAAUCCCCGCCGAUUUCCCUAUCGGGACAUACUACCUCACCGGCCCCGGCAUCUUCUCCGACGACCACGGAUCGACGAUUCAUCCGCUCGAUGGACACGGCUACCUCCGCGCCUUCGAAUUUCGCGACCGUGGUUCGGUGUGGUACUCCGCCAAGUACGUUGAGACGGAGGCGAAGAAGGAGGAGAGGGAGGAGGAGACCGGCGAGUGGCGAUUCACUCAUCGAGGGCCGUUCUCGAUGUUGAAGGGUGGGAAGAAGGUUGGCAAUAUGAAGGUGAUGAAGAAUGUGGCGAAUACUACUGUGUUAAGGUGGGGUGGACGGUUACUGUGUUUGUGGGAAGGUGGGAAGCCGUACGAGAUUGACGGCAGGACGAUGGAGACGAUCGGAGCUGUUGAUUUGAUUGGUGACGGCGAUGAGGUUAGCCGCCGGCGAUGGCGACGAUUUGGCGAGGUGGGUUUGGAUUUGGCCGCCGCACUACUGAGACCAGUGCUGCACGGUGUUUUCAAGAUGCCACAAAAAAGAUUACUGUCACACUAUAAAAUAGAUGAGAAGCGGAACCGGCUGCUGAUUCUUUCAUGUAAUGCUGAAGAUAUGCUGCUUCCUCGUUCUAAUUUUACUUUCUAUGAAUUUGACAGCAACUACGAGCUGAAGCAGAAGAAAGAUUUCUCCAUUCCUGACCAUCUCAUUAUCCACGAUUGGGCUUUUACUGAGAAUCACUACAUUCUGAUUGGCAAUCGCAUCAAGCUUGAUCUCCAAGGAUCAAUGCUUGCAGUAUCUGGUCUUUCUCCUAUGAUUUCUGCACUAUCGGUAAAUCCCAGCCAAUCCAAAACCCCUAUUUACCUUCUACCACGAUUUGAAAGCAGAGUAAACAAGCUAAGAGAUUGGAGAGUUCCCAUUGAAGCACCAUCACAGCUAUGGAUCUCUCACAUUGCCAAUGCAUUCGAGGAAAAUGAAGAUGAAGAUGGAGUUAGGAUUCAAAUCCAGGCCGCAGCUUGCUCUUACAAGUGGUUCAACUUUCAGAAAAUAUUUGGUUAUAAUUGGCAGAGUAGGAGGCUGGAUCCAUCUUUCAUGAAUGAGUUUGAAGGCAAUGGGUCCCAGCUGCCUCACCUUGUUAGGGUCUCUAUUGAUCUGGAUGGAAGAGGAGAGUCCCGUUCCUGCAGCAUCGCCAACUCUUCAAGCAAAUGGAGCUGGCCGGCUGACUUCCCGGCAAUCAACGGCGCCUUUGCCGGCCAAAGAAACAAGUUCAUAUAUGCCGGCACGGCUUCAGGAACAAGGAGGUUCUUGCCACAUUUUCCCUACGACUCUGUGGUGAAGGUCAACUGCUCGGAUGGAACAGUGUCUUUUUGGUGCACCGGCAGACGAAAGUUCAUCGGAGAACCCAUCUUUGUUCCCAAAGUUGGUACCUUGGAGGAGGACGAUGGUUAUAUCCUUCUUGUAGAGUACGCAGUUUCGAAGCUAAGAUGUUAUUUAGUGAUACUGGAUGCCAAGAGAAUUGGCAGAGCUAAUGCGUUUGUGGCGAGACUGGAAGUUCCUAAGCAUCUUUACUUCCCUCUCGGUUUCCAUGGAUUUUGGGAUGAUUUCACACACAAUCACAACAUAAAAUAA